AAAUGCUCACCUCAGUUUUGGUUUCGGCCAAUGUGACUGACUCCGUAGAAUGCCUCGACACCUCUUCUCCUCACACGCCCAGUGGCAGGACCAAUUGUAUCAGUCCAGAAUCCGAUGGCAACCUAUAUCUUCGAUCCUAUAUGCGAUAGCUCUUGGGUAGCAAACACAUUGACUUGGUUAUGGGGCAAAAUUCCAUGGGAAGACGAUAGACGUAAAUCCACUGAACGUUUUUGGAAAGAAACAUGGAAAUUAAAAGAUGCUAAACAACUAACGGAGUGGGAAAAGUCUUGCAACAUCUUGUUUGGAAUGAAGCCAACAAGUUCUGAGAUGAAUCUAUCUUAUAUGCCCAACUACAAAGGCUCUGUUGAUUUCAUGUUUGAGAAGCAAAAGCCUACCCAAUUCUUCGUUCCAACGGGAACCUUUUCUGUAUCGAUCCCCAUGAAAGUCCCUGGACUUCAUGCCUCCUACCGUUUUAUGCAUCCUAAAGGGAAACGCGAUAAGCUGGAACUCCAAUAUGAGGGGUUAGAGCAUUGGUUAUUCAAACUAAAACUCCCAUUAUCUCUGACUGAGAGACCUACCAUUGUCUUUAGUGUGACUCCAAAUUAUGAGGCUUUCUCUCUGCCUUGCGAGAUCAAACUUGAAGGAAAUCUUGAUAAAAGGAUCCGAGCUUGUAGAAUAGCCAACUGGUCAAUAGGCCUAACAAGUGACGCAUCCAUCUUUUCCUUUGCCUUCAAGAUAACGAAAAGCACCGCUUCAUGCAAAGCAAAGAUUCAUGGUCUUUCUGCUUCUGCAGAUUGGGAUGGAGAAGAUCUCAAGUGUUCUUUUGAACAAGAAAUCGAGAAGUUUUCUAUCACCUCCAAAUGUCAAAUCAACGUCAAAGAUGCUAUGAAAAAUGUAUGUUCAGUUGGUGUUGGAAAGAUGUGGGAUGAUGAUGAAAAAGGAUUUCAUAGAGGAAUACAAGUGGUGUUUGACACCCAUGACGUGGCCACAAUCACCUAUUCGCGGUCCCUGACCAAAAAGCUCUCCCUUGAACUUUCUGCAACGGUGGAUCAUUCAAUUUCAGGCGUGAGCGGAGAAGAGAUGAUUGAAGUUGCUGCUAUAUUUGUAGGCGUUGGCUUCCUGUUCAACUUUUGCGGCCGCAGCAAUAAAACGAACGCUGAGUUUCUAGAUGAAGCUACUAUGGUGGACGAGCUCAAAGGGUUGGGGGAAUUUCUUGAAACUAAGCCAUUAAACAACACUGUUGUGGUGUUUGGAACUGUUGGAUCAACCUCAACCGUAGAGACCAUGUGUAAAAGCGCUUUGGGUGUUUUUGUCGAGGAAACGGCCACAGUUACUUAUGAUAGGAGGAAUUGUGUUGGUUUAACACGGGAACAUGAGAGUACUUUGGUGAACCGUAAGGAGGUUUCUUGGUAUUUGGAGGAUGGUACUGCUCGGGUUAAUGUAACGAAUUACCAACAUGCCAAAGGAUUUGAUGAUAUUUUACGUACGUAUUCCUCUACUGUUCCUGUGAGUAAGCACUUCAAAAGAUUGCUUUCUGUGGAAGAAAUCACGAUUUGUGAUCCUGACAGUUGUGAGUCUUGGGAGAAUGUUCUUGAGAUUGGUACACCUUUGACUAUUGUUGGUGGGGCUGGAAGAGACAAAGAUGGGAAUAUUACGAUCCGACAUGUCUAUCAAGUCUUCAAUAAACGUAUAGAACUUAAGAAACUCAUAUCUAAUAUGGAAUCGAAAUCAGUGAAUUAUGGGAAUUUCUCCAUAUAUUUUGCAGCUAUGGGUAUGGUUUUACUCGCCUUGAGCCUUCUGCAAGAUGACGACUAAGCUUAUGUUAGUGCUUUCAGUUUUAAUUUUGCCUUUGGAUUGACGUCUGGUAACCUCUGCUUUUUAGUUCAUAUGUUAGUCACUGACUUUAUAUAUUAUGUGCUUUAUAGGUUUAUAUAUAUGGUUAGUUCCUGUGUGAAACAAUCAUGUGUUUAGUUCAACGGGAAUGUAACAUCUCUUAAAUAAACCUUGGAAAUGAAA